AGUUGUGGGUACUCCAUCACAAGAGGUUUUUAAAAAGAAAUUGGACAGUCAUUUGUUCAGAAGGGUAUAAUGUCUCCUGCUUUUGCAGGGGGCUGGACUAGAAGACCUCCAAGGUCCCUUCCAACUCGGUUACUCUGUUUUAGAUGGUCUCUUGCCAAAUCUUGCUUCUUUCAACUCAAAUAUGUUGAGAAAAACCCAGGCUGCUGAUUGCUUUUCUGGUCAAAAGAUGGAGUUGUUGUUCAUAACUCUGUAUCUUCGUGCAAAUAUAUAUAUAUUUUCAAAAUACAAAAACAUGCUUCUCCUUAAUGGAUACAAUUUUAGAGAGGAUAAUGGAAGGAAGAACAAAAAUCAACCUCAUCAUCUAGACUCUCCUUCUUUACAGAGGAUGCCCAUAGAGGCAUGGCAAUGAAGUUGCAAAUUCUAUCUUUUGACAUAUACACUGCUUUGCUUAACAUUCAAUCAUUUUAUUAACACAACCGUGGCAUGUUUGACGUACACGUAAAACAUUGCCAGGAAACAACAACAAAAAAUGUUUCAGCACGGCUUGAGUGUUCAUUGAACUCCACAGGGCGCUCUGCCUGGGUGUUUUUGCUAACUUUUUUUGUUCAUUAAUAUGAGGAAGGGAGGAACAAAUUCUGACUUCCAGGGCCCAUUUUAUUUUCUUUAAAAAAAUUCUAAGAGCUGAAAUUCCGCCAGUAUUUGGGUGGGUGCAGCUGUUGAGGGCAAAAGAACAUCUGAAGGAAUGGAAGGAGACAGAAAAUUGGCAAAUGAACGAUAAGCAAAGGAAGCCAAAGUUGAACAGCAAAACACGUACUGUUAUCAGGUUUCACUAAGAGGUAAAUAACAAAAGCGAGCUGUGUUCCCAGGAAGAGAAAGGAAAACAAUGCCUGACUGCAAAACUGGGCAGGGUAGCAGAAAAUGUGCGGAACAGCAAAAUAUUGAGAUUCCAAACGCCCUUUAUUUAAAUGCCUCUAAAUUAUGUAUGAUAUGAGAAAUGCACAUUAAAAGGUGAUUUGCGUAGCCUCUUUUGUUUGUUUUCAAUUGUGAACUGUUCGGAGCACGGGAUGAAAACAAAAGUAACGGGUGGGAAGAUACCGUUUCAUCCAUACGGAAGCCUUACACGGGUGCAGAGAAAGAAACAAGGGCUGUUGAUUUUGCAAAAAUCACACUGCUGUUUUUUUUUUUUUUUUUGCUACCAACAGCCUCCUCUUAACUCUUAAAGGGACCAAGAGAGAGACAGAGAGAGAGAGAACUCAUCAUGAAUAUUCAGGAUUAUUUCGAAAGAAUUUGUUAUAAAGGUUCCCAGGAAAAAGUAGACUUGGAAACCUUAACCGAGGUUUUUCAACAUCACAUCCGCGCAGUCCCCUUUGAAAAUCUCAGCCUCCACUGUGGCGAAACCAUUCCGUUGGAUUUAGAAUCGGCGUAUGAUAAAAUUGUGAAGCGCCACCGUGGCGGGUGGUGCAUGGAGAACAACCAACUUCUGUCGUGGGCCUUCCAGAUCAUGGGCUACAAAGUUGGCCUUUUAAGCGCUCGCGUUUAUAACCCGGAGCGAAAGGCCUACAGUGAAGAUGACAACCAUCUUCUGAUCAAAGUCGUCCUUGAAGGCAAAACCUACAUUGUGGACGGUGGUUUUGGAAUGGCUUAUCAAAUGUGGGAACCCAUGGAGCUGGUUUCCGGGAAGGACCAACCUCAGACCCCAGGAAUCUUCUGCUUCACGGAGAAGGAUGGAGUGUGGUAUUUUCACAAAGUGAAGCGCAAGAAAUUCAGGAUGGAUUCCGAGAACAACAUUCCCUGCCCUGAUGCUAUAGAAAACAUGAUCUGCAAGGACAUUUAUCUGUUUACCUUGCAACCAAAGAUGAUAGGUGACUUCCGGAUGGCCUGUUUGCAACUCCAAACUGAUCCGAGUUCCAUGUUUUUAAGGAAAUCCAUCUGUAGCCUCCAGACUACAGAUGGAUUUCUAGCCUUGAUUGGGUGGACGCUGAUUGAAACCAAAUAUAAUUAUAAGGACGACACGGAUCUAGUAGUAAGCACGGUCCUGACAAGUGAAGAAGUGCAGAAAAUCCUGAAGGAGCGAUUCAAGAUUCGGCUGGACAAAACGUUUGUCCCUCUUAACACCUGUUCGGGACCCGUGUUUUGAUUCAGGUGGCCAAGGGUGAACUUUGCUCAACUUCACUUCGGUUUAUCCUAAUGAAAUGAAAUUGGGAAGCAACUUUGGAGAAGGCUCACCACAAAAAGAUCCAAAGGGGGCGAACAUUUUAGGGAAGAUGUUGCUGUAUUUUCUUGGGAAGAUUCGGGUCAAUUUAGAGAGCAAGUGAAGUCCUUUACGCAAGUUGAAUUUGCUGGGGUUAGGUUUUGCCACAGGGUUAGCAAUGUUAAGUCUACUUCGAAGUAGGAAAAGGGAUAAGGAACCUUUUGCAAGAUUAUCAGUGUUGAGUUUUAACUGGGUCCUAGCUAUCGGUAGCUUCGGCGUAAUGAUGAGAUUUUAAAUCAGUAUCUUUCCAGUCCUUAUCUGGUCUCUAAGGUAUAUAGGGAGUCCGAAAGGCCUUACAUCGGGAUAUAUGAAGGGGUGGAAUCAAAGGGACACGGUGGCUCAGUGGCUAAGAUGCUGAGCUUUUCAAUCAGAAAGGUCGGCAGUUCGGCG